AACAAUGUACCACUUUCAUCCUCAUCUUGCCACGAGGUACUAACUGGUGCUAACUGCAUAGUGAGAAUGUGUAUUCUCACUUUGUCUUCCUAACACACAACAUGUCACAAAUUUGCUGUGCCUACCGUUUACUACCUUUAACUCUGAUAUACUAGGCUGUAUUGAUAAUAAUGAAAUUCAUCGCCAUAAAUUUCCUAGUCCGCUUAACUCACCGACCAAUCAAAUUUCUAGAAAUACUAGUCCUGCUUCAGCUUCUCCACCCACAUCUUAGUGCAUCCACGAGGAACAAUAAUUUUAACACAUUAAUUAACCCAGAAGGAAAUCAUCUUCAAGUACUUAGACAAAGAUCAAACGGGCUUUGGAAUUUUUCAUCCCACCUCGAUACAAAAAUAAAUCCUAACCUCCAGGGUAGAAAUUUGAUAACAACUUUGUUCGAGUCUCCGUACAUUUUUAGCUUUUCUAUCAUUCUGGUCGUGCUUUAUGUGACGAUUGCCAAUCACAACAUGCAAGCGCAACACCAUCAUCAUCCAGAGCCCAAGGAAGAAGAGGAGGAAGAGGAAUCAAAAGAGAUCGGACUUAUCUCCAAAAAACUUGGCAUAGCUCGUGAAGUAAUCACCAUCAUUUCCGAAUCCUUCAACAAGGCUGCCCACGAUCUCGAACUUGUAAAUGUGAUACACGACAUCCGAACUGGUCAUGCCGAACCUGGUGGAGAGAGAGUUAGUGGAAGUCACUCAACAAAAGAUAAAAGCAAAGAUAACCCGGUCAAUAAAAAUAGAAGACCUACCAAAGCUCAAACUACACCCACCAAUACGCGCCCCCCUUAAAUAUGCAUGAACCUGAUUUGUAGAUUAAUAAAAACCUGCUUUACACAUUUUACGCCGUAGAGCUCAUUAAUAAUAAAAUUACUUAACAAAAUUACAAUCUUAA